CCAUUAAAGAGUUGUGAUGCGGAAAUGUCUCCAGUGACGUCAUAAAUCACCAAACGUUGAGGUUCGGGAUUGCUGAAAUUCACGUAUUCUAGUGGAAGAGUUAUUGAGGCGAAAUCACAUAUAUAAAGUCCCAUGGAGGACGUCGAAGUAUCAUAAGUACAUCCACUCGGAGCAGUUGCAGACGACACUAUUCCAAUAGAGAGCCCUAUUAUCACAAAUAUCUCUGUGUUACGGAGCUACACACCCUUCUGGAUGUACCUACGAAGAAUAUACAAAACCAGUUGGUGUGUACACUUGUGACUUUACAAAUGCAACGUUCCCAGUGGCACUAGGAUCCUUUUCAAAUCCAAAUCCACAAAGAUUGAAAAUUACCUUCUUCAAUGGUAACUUGGUAAGUGCCAGCGUUUUCUCGGGUUUUGGUGCCUAUGAUGUUUCAACGUUUGACACAAACUUCAAGGCUUCUCUGGAGAUUUCUUGCGCAACAGGAGGAACACUGGGGCUUGCUACAACCUCAUUUACCGACAUGACAUACAUUCAGGAAUUAAGGCUAACCGGCUGCAACCUAAACAACGGAAUUCCAGCAAAUGUAUUCAAUGGGAUGCAGUUGGAUUAUCUCCAGAUCGAUAGAGGGAUCAUCGCCUCAACUGAUGCAUCAAGUCUUGCUGGACUGACGAUCCAAAAGCUGGCCAACGUCCCCAACCCAAUCGGAGGUUUUACCAUCCAAAAUGCCCAGCUGACCAGCGGAGAAUUGGCCGCCAAUUUCUUCUCUCCCAUCACCACCGUGGUAUCCAUCACAGUGGAUAAUGCUAAUCUGGUUAAUCUCACCAGUGGUAUGUUUUCCUCUAAUACCGCUCUACAGACAAUCAACCUUUCAAGGAACAAAUUUACCAAGGUUUCCUUCGACUUGUUUAGUGGUUUGACAUCUCUCAGUUCCAUUAAUAUGUCGGAGAUCAACUGGGACUGCACAUGUAACGAUCUCUGGUUCCAGCAUUCACUAUCCUCAAAUUAUAUUAACUUGUAUGGAAAUAUCCUGUGUAUGUCACCCACAAGUUUCCAGUAUAUGAAAUGGACCCAGUACUAUUUUAAUGUGUGCGAGAAGAAGGAUUUUUGUUUUGGAAUACCAGGUGUUGUUUCCAAUAUCUUUUGCUACACAUGGCAUCAGAUUUUAUUCUACCUCCUGUUGUUGAUCGGUUUCACCGUGGCCGCCAUUGCUGUUUUCAUUGUUGUUAAUGUUCGACGGAAAAUGAUGCAAAUUAUUCGUGAAAUUGAGGCAAAGAAGAAAAAGGCUUAUCGCAAGGUCAAAGAGGCGCUUGUCCGUGGAAGAGAUGGGCAGCACGCUCCAGCUUCUACCGCCAUGUAUGGUAUGAAGGAGAGAAAAUGGAUUGAUACAACCAUUCCGUAGAUCUAGAUAUUUAUCAAGUACAGAAUGUGGAUUAUGUGACUUGUCAGACAGGAGUAUUGUCCAAAUACUAGAUACCCUGAAGAGAAAUUUAAUGCACACUUUUUAAAAGGAUCAUUAGAAAUAUUACUGUUUUGUCUCAAUAAUAAUUUUAUGCACGGGUAUACAAAUUCUAUUUCUAGUAGUUCCCAUAUUUCCAUGGAAUCUACCAGUACAUGAAAAUUGUACAACUUUAUUAGAUGAAAGAAAAUACUUCAUAUUCAAUUAUAUAAAAGCAAGUACGAUUUUAAAAAGGUCUUUCUUUUUAAAAAACAACAAUGAAUUCGGAUGGGAAAUAAUUUUCAAGGAAAAAAUGUGUUAAUUCAAAAUAUCAUUGGAAUGUUCUCUCCGAUGCAAUAAAUACCUCUGACUGUGAUAUUUAUUCAAGGGCUACCCUUCAGCAUGCUAUAUGACUUUAUUAAGGUCUUUCCAUUGUUUGUUUUUUUUUCUAUGUAAAUAUAUGUAUACAUGUGUAUAUAAUACAUGGUAGGAUGUGUGUAGAAUUUAAAAUUUCACAAGUUGGUGAGUGAUGUUUUCCCCUUGUAAAGUGCCAAAUUUAUGUUUGCCGUUUCCUGGUAUGAUUUAAAUUGUA